GUUGAUUCUUAUUCCUCCGGCGAAGUUCCGGAGACAGCUCCGACACUCAAUAUGUUUAUUUAUUUAUUUCCAAUCCCAUCCGAUUCCAGAAUCCUGAAUUUCCCAUUCAACAGUCACCCAUGAUUCAAACUUCCCAUUUCCGUUUCAAUUUGACGGAUCCUGCUUCCUGCCAGUCGUCAACCCGCAAAUAAUCUCAGCUGCCCAUUUACUUGACUCAAAAUUUUCGAGAUUUUGUAGAGACCCAGUUGAGCCAAUUCCUUUCUAACGUUGGGGUUGUUUCUGUCUUGAUUUUCUCCUUCUUUGAUGGCUCGAUUUUCCUGUUAUUACCUUGUUAUCUUCCUUUUAAACGUUGUCUUUUCACUUUUUAGUAUAGAACCCUGUGUGUGCAUUCAUCAAGAGGAUGAAUUCUCGAUAAUGGGUUUUGAUAUGGAGUCGUUUCAUGGAGAUUAUACGCCGCCAUCGCCGCCACCACCGCCGUCUUCACCGUUACCUCCUCCUCUCUCAUGUGAGGAAGAUUUAGGGGGAAGUGGGUCGCUUGACACGAUUUGCCAGCUGAAUUCAAGUUUGAAUUUGCAAAAAGAUGCGUAUAUAGCAGGGAACGGCAGUUUUCAUGUACUUCCUGGGGUCAUUUUGAGUUGCCCUUUAAUAGGUUGCUCAAUUACGAUUAAUGUGAGCGGGGGGGAGUUCAGGCUGAGCCAAAAUGCAAUGAUUGUUUGUGGAACGGUGCAUGUGGCAGCUUAUAGAGCGCGUUUAUUGGAUGGCUCGGUGGUGAAUGUCAGUGCUCUGGCGGGGUCACCGCCGGCUCAGACCAGCGGGACACCCUCUGGAGUGCAAGGCGCAGGUGGAGGCCAUGGGGGAAGAGGGGCGAGUUGCGUGACUGACAAUACAAAACUGCCAGAUGAUGUUUGGGGAGGAGAUGCAUAUUCAUGGUCAUCCUUGGAGACGCCCUGGAGUUAUGGUAGUAAAGGUGGGACAACGAGCAAAGAAGUGGACUAUGGAGGGGAAGGGGGUGGGAGGAUUAAGUUUCAGAUUCAGGAGUCAAUCGAGGUUGGUGGGAGUUUGUUGGCAGAUGGGGGAGAUGGGAGUGUGAAGGGUGGAGGAGGAUCUGGUGGCAGCAUUUAUAUCAACGCCCAAAGAAUGACUGGAAGUGGUGUGAUAAGUGCCCGCGGGGGGAAUGGAUUUGCUGGAGGAGGUGGUGGAAGAAUAUCAAUUGAUGUUUUCAGCAGGCAUGAUGAUACAAAAUUCUUUGUUCACGGAGGAGGGAGCUUUGGCUGCCCCGAAAACUCAGGUGCUGCUGGGACUUAUUUUGAUGCUGUGCCUCGGAGUCUUACAGUUUGCAAUCAUAACAUGUCCACAAAUACGGACACACUUCUAAUGGAGUUCCCUAAACGAUCUCUUUGGACAAAUGUUUAUGUUCGUGAUCAUGCGAAGGCUUCUGUUCCUUUGUUUUGGAGUCGUGUUCAGGUGCGAGGACAAAUUCGUUUAUCAUGUGGUGCAAUUCUAAGCUUUGGUCUUCCUCAUUAUGCUUCAUCAGAGUUGGAAUUGAUGGCAGAAGAGCUUUUAAUGAGUGACUCAGUUGUCAAGGUAUAUGGGGCUUUACGUAUGUCUGUCAAAAUGCACUUAAUGUGGAAUUCCAAAAUGUUUAUAGAUGCUGGUGGAGAUGCUAUCAUUGCAACGUCCUUGCUUGAGGCCAGCAAUUUAUUGGUUCUUAAGGAAUCAUCACUGAUACACUCUAAUGCCAAUUUGGGAGUUCAUGGGCAAGGUUCCUUGAAUUUGUCAGGACCAGGAGAUACAAUUGAAGCACAACGUCUGAUUCUAUCAUUAUUUUUCAGUAUCAAUGUUGGACCAGGAUCAGUCCUACGUGGUCCCUUGGAGAAUGCCAGCAAUAAUGAUUUGGUUCCACAGCUCUAUUGUGAACUUCAAGAUUGCCCCAUGGAACUGACUCAUCCACCUGAAGAUUGUAAUGUGAAUUCUUCGCUGCCCUUCACUCUUCAGAUAUGUCGAGUCGAAGAUGUUUUUAUUGAAGGCAUUAUGAUUGGAUCCAUUGUUCAUUUUCACUGGGUUAGAACUGUUGUUGUCCAUGCUUCUGGAACCGUCAGCGCCUCAGGACUUGGUUGCACUGGUGGGUUGGGUAGAGGAAAAGUAUUUAACAAUGGUCUUGGUGGCGGUGGAGGGCAUGGUGGAAAAGGUGGAGAUGGUUAUUAUGAUGGCAGUUUUGUUGAGGGUGGCAUUGCAUAUGGAGAUGCUGAUUUGCCUUGUGAACUUGGUAGUGGUAGUGGAAAUGAUAGUCUUGCUGGUGCAGUUGCUGGUGGUGGAAUAAUAGUAAUGGGUUCACUGGACCACUCAUUAUCAAGUUUAUCUGUCUAUGGUUCAAUUAGAGCUGAUGGAGAAAGCUUUGGAGAAAAUGUUAAGAAGCAUGGCCAUAAAAGCAUUACUAGUAUUGGCCCUGGGGGUGGAUCUGGUGGAACAAUUCUUUUAUUUGUUCAUACAGCUGUGCUUGGUGAUUCUUCUGUUAUUUCAACUGCUGGAGGGCAUGGAAGUCACAUUGGCGGAGGCGGUGGAGGUGGUGGAAGGGUUCACUUUCAUUGGUCAGAUAUACCAACUGGGGAUGAGUAUGUACCCUUAGCAAGUGUGAAAGGAAGCAUUGAAACCAGGGGAAUACAGAUCAUCAGGGGAGGAUUGGGUAGAGGUCAAGGGUAUGCUGGGGAAAAUGGGACCAUUACUGGAAAGGUCUGUCCAAGGGGACUUUAUGGUAUAUUUUGUGAGGAAUGCCCCAUUGGAACAUUUAAGAAUGUCAGUGGAUCUGAUAGAGCACUUUGUCAUAAUUGCCAAUCUAAUCAGCUUCCACAACGUGCCAUAUAUGUUAGUGUUCGAGGCGGUGUGACUGGAAGUCCUUGCCCCUAUGAAUGCAUUUCUGACAGAUAUCAUAUGCCACACUGUUACACAGCACUUGAAGAGCUAGUUUAUACAUUUGGUGGGCCAUGGCUGUUUGGUCUUAUUCUGUUAUGUCUCCUUGUCCUUUUAGCUCUAGUUCUUAGUGUUGCACGGAUGAAAUAUGUUGGUGGAGAUGAAUUACCAGCUGUUACACCCACUCGACAUGGCUCUCAGAUCCCUUUCCUGGAGUCACUGAAUGAGGUUUUGGAGACGAAUAGAACUGAGGAGUCCCAGAGUCAUGUGCAUCGGAUGUAUUUUAUGGGUCCAAAUACUUUCAGUGAACCUUGGCAUCUACCUCACUCUCCUCCAGAGCAAGUAACUGAAAUUGUAUAUGAGGAUGCCUUCAUUAGAUUUGUAGAUGAGAUUAACUGUUUAGCUGCCUAUCAGUGGUGGGAAGGAUCAGUUUACAGUAUACUUUCUGUAUUUGCAUAUCCACUAGCAUGGUCCUGGCAACAGCAACGUCGGAAAAAGAAAUUACAGCAGCUUCGUGAAUUUGUUCGAUCUGAAUAUGAUCAUGCUUGUCUACGUUCUUGCCGUUCACGUGCUCUCUAUGAAGGGCUAAAGGUUGCUGCAACUUCUGAUCUAAUGCUUGCAUAUGUUGACUUUUUCCUUGGAGGAGAUGAAAAAAGGGGUGACCUUCCUCCUCGUCUUCAUCAAAGAGUUCCAAUGUCUUUGGUUUUUGGAGGAGAUGGAAGUUACAUGGCUCCUUUCUCUCUCCAAAGUGAUAACAUAAUUACCAACCUAAUGAGUCAGUCUGUUCCCCCAACAACAUGGUUUCGACUAGCUGCUGGUCUAAAUGCUCAACUGCGCUUAGUUCGUUAUGGACACUUAAAGAUUACCUUUGGUCAUGUUAUUAGCUGGCUUGAAACACAUGCAAACCCUACUUUGAGUACCUAUGGUGUACGUGUUGAUCUUGCUUGGUUUCAGCCUACAUCUUCUGGUUAUUGUCAGUUUGGGCUUAUGGUAUGUGCUAAUGGAAGUAUGCCAGAGUUGGUUGAAGGUCGAGAUAGAUAUUCUCCACCUGGGGACCAGUCAUGUUCACACGGUCAUAGGAGUCAUUCAGUGGCCUAUUUGAGAGCUGAGGAGCAUCUAGUGUCAUGUAAACGGAUAUGUGGAGGGAUUUUGCGUGCAAAAAGUUUACAGAGACUUAAAAUGAGGGGUUCAAUUUGUUAUCGCUUUUCUUUUAUUGUCUAUAAUACAAAGCCAGUUGGUCAUCAGGAUCUUGUCGGUUUGCUCAUAUCCAUACUGCUUUUAGGAGAUUUUAGUUUAGUUUUGCUUACUUUGCUGCAAAUGUAUUCUAUAUCACUGCUGGACUUCUUUUUAUUUUUAUUUAUCCUUCCCCUUGCCAUACUGUUUCCAUUCCCGGCUGGCAUCAGUGCUUUGUUCAGUCAUGGACCUAGACGCUCCGCUGGCCUUGCUCGUGUAUAUGCUCUCUGGAAUAUUACAUCCUUGAUCAAUGUUGUAACAGCUUUCCUAUGCGGAUUUGUUCACUAUAAGACCCACUCUAGUAAAAAGCACACAAACUUCCCAUCCUGGAAUUUUAGCAUGGAUGAAACUGAAUGGUGGAUGCUUCCUACGGGGUUAAUUGUGUGCAAAAUCAUCCAAGCACGACUGGUUGAUUGCCAUGUGGCUAACCAAGAAAUUCAGGAUUACUCCUUGUACAGCAAAGAUCCUGAUGUUUUCUGGCAAUCAUGAAAGGCACGUUGCUGGAUACGCGUAGGAAAGGUUAGAGUAUAGAGUCAUCCACACCCAACACCCCGGAUAAAACCCUUUUACCUUUUUAUUCAGUUUUCUUCAAAUGGUUUCUUCUGUGAGUUAGCAUAUUAGUUUGUCUGAUGUAAUGGAGUAGCUCUAUGCAUGGUGAUUACUGAAUCUAAAAAACAAUACUCGGUGACAAUUCUUAACUUCAACCGGUGCAAUGACAUUUUUUAUG